AUGGUUGACUCGCCCAACUGUGAAUCCACGGAGCGGGUAAACAUGAUGAAAUCUGAAAAUAGGAAGUUGUCUAAGAAGAAUGCAGAGUUGCAAAAGCAAGUGAGAGAGCUAAAUCAAAAGCUUCAGGCGGCUCAGCAGGGAAAUGGUCGUACACAGGAGCAACUGGUGGUGUCGAGUCAACCUCAGAAAGCUGGGCCUUUUGGAACUGUCAAAAGUUUGAGAACUAACCCUCCUGUUAUGCCUGAUGAGUCAGUGAACCCAAGAUUAGCAAAGCUCUUGGCAGAGAUUGCAGUUGGCAAAGAGGUCAUAGUUGCACUUACUAAUUCAAAUGUGAAAUCCAUGUUGGAGGUUUGGUUCAACAGUAUUAAAAAAGUGGUUAUUCCCAAUUAUCUAGUCGUGCCUUUAGAUGAAGCUAUAGUGGAGUUCUGCAAGGAAAAUGACAUUCCAGUUUAUAAAAGGGACCCUGAUGAGAAUGUUGAUUUUAUUGGAAAAAGUGGAGGCAACCACGCUGUGAAGUUCCGAAUUUUGAGGGAGUUUUUGCAGCUUGGUUACGGUGUCCUCCUGUCUGAUGUCGAUAUUGUGUAUUUGCAAAAUCCCUUUGAUCAUUUAUAUCGUGAUUCAGAUGUUGAAUCAAUGUCAGAUGGUCACAAUAAUAUGACAGCUUAUGGUUACAAUGAUGUUUUUGAUGAACCAUCAAUGGGUUGGGCUCGAUAUGCACAUACAAUGAGGAUAUGGGUUUAUAAUUCUGGUUUCUUUUAUAUUCGGCCAACGAUUCCUUCAAUCGAGCUCUUAGAUUGGGUUGCUACUCAGCCAAAUUCCUGGGACCAGGCAGUUUUCAAUGAAGAACUGGCUUUUCCAUCACAUCCUGGGUAUAUUGGCCUUUACGCUUCCAGGAGAAGAAUGGAUAUCUACCUGUUCAUGAAUAGCAAGGUCCUAUUCAAGACUGUACGAAAAGAUGCUAAUCUGAAGAAGUUGAAACGAGUUAUAGUUCAUGUAAACUAUCACCCGGACAAAUUUCCUAGAAUGAAAGCAGUUGUUGAGUACUAUGUCAACGGCAAGCAGGAUGCUCUGGAUGCAUUCCCAGAUGGUUCUGUAUAGUAGCAGCUGCUGAAAUGGACCUUCCAUUGAGAUCUA